UUUAUAGGCCAUGAGGGGCAACCAGACCUUUACCAAGUCAGCGAGGGUCACCUCCUGAUGCUCAAGUGUCCCAAAGUGAGCGGUCACGUUCACGGCAACAUCACUUGGGCGCGGGAAGGAGACGCCGCCGGGACAACGGCAUCUCUGCCCUCGGGCGUGGAAGUCAGGGACGGGAUUUUAUAUUUCCUGCCUGUGCUGACAUCCCAUAAUGGCACCUACAGCUGUGAGAGCACAAGGGAAAACAGAACAGUCAGAGUGGACUUUCGGGUGUCUGUGUUCACUGGACUUUGUCCUCCAGCGGCUGAGGAAAAGAGGUUCCCUCUGGGGGUCAUAAAAAGCCUUCCCUGCAAGCUGGAACAUGUCCUGCAACUAGACAACACCAGUAACACACGAUGGUUGAAGGACUGCCAUCCGGUGGAGCGAGUCGGAGAGCCCGCCAGAGUAAUCAACAACAACGACAUGAUGCUACGCAAGAUCACAUUGGAGGAUGGUGGCACGUACACUUGCCUGGUGGACGUCAGCAUCGACGGCAAGAACUAUACGUCGGCGCGCAGCAUCAAGCUGGAUAUCGAUGACUUCACAUUUCCAAGUGAGCCCAAGGUGAUACAGCAACAGGAAAAGGUGCUUGCCGUGAACCUGGGUGCACGUGUGGAACUGAAGUGCUUGGCCUUAGUGAAGCCUGAUAAAGAGUUGCUCGUGUUCUGGAUGGUGAACGGGACUUUCGCCGACGUUGACCCGGAGCUCCAGGAAUCCUUUCUCUCCAUUCAAAAGCAAAAUCAAACCUUCGGGGAGUCCACCUUGACCAUCUCCAGAGUCCUUCCUCGUUUCCUCAACGUUUCCAUUCGCUGUCGGAUCCAAAACUCUCAAGGGGCGGAAGACUGCUUCAUGCAGCUCAUAAAAGCCAAUCAAACCUGGUUUCACAGCGGCGUGGCAGUGGGCGUGGCUUCCCUGCUUUUAUUUCUUCUUCUGGUUUUGCUGUUGAGCUACUUCAAGGUGGAUGUGGUGUUGGCGUACAGGAAGAUUAGCGGAUAUUUUGUCAUUCAGCAAGAUGCAGACCAGAUUCCGUACGACGCCUUGGUGAGCGCAGUCCCCGCCUCAGGGACGAGCUGGAGCACUGCAGCCGACUUCGCCCUUCGGACGCUGCCCAGCCAGCUGGAGGACAGACACGGCUACCGCCUCUUCAUCGCGGGCCGAGAUGACAGCCCGGGAGAAGCCACGCAAGACGCCAUGGCGGCAGCCGUGCGCAAAUGCCACCGGCUAAUUAUUGUAGUGGCGUCGGCAGAGGAGGAUGAAGCCAGGGCGCGGCAGCCUUUCAACUUGGAGGAGCGGCAUCUGAGUUAUGAACAAAAGUUGGGGCUGUAUGACGCUUUAACGCGGAACACACCCACUGUCAUUCUCGUGGAAAUAGAUGGUCCUGUGGAUUAUGGGCACCUCCCGCAGUCUCUAGGUUUCAUCAAGAGGAGGCAGGGUGCGCUCAUAUGGAGGAAAAACAACAGCAACAGAGUUUUCUGGAAGAAGCUGAGGUUCCUCAUGCCCGCCCAAAGACGCUCCAGAGCACAUUUUGGGAACUGA